AUGGCGGUAGCCGUGCAACCAGCCAUCGACACGCUCUCUCUUCCUCCCGUCGGUGCUGCCGUCUCUUCCUCUCACCAACCUCUACCAGCCGAACCAGUCGCGCCCUCAACGGCAUCAAACCCGCCACCAGAUGUACCCGUCCACUCCAGCAUUCGCAUCAGCGACGAGCGACAGCUGCUCGCCCACGAUCGCGUGGUGCUGAGCGACGUGCCGCCGUCGCUCGUGCUCACGCCGCACGCGGGGGGAUUGGGAGAUUCGGGCAAAGGGGCGGGGGAGGCGGAGGCACAGGGCGUGUUUCUGGGGAGUCGGUUCCGCGAGGCGCACAGCUGGCACGUGUUCCGCCUGGGCGUGCUCCGGGGCGCGCGGUUCCUGUGCUGCUUCCGCUUCAAGCUCUGGUGGAUGACGCAGCGCGUGGGCAGCAGCGGGCGCGAGGUCCCCGUGGAAACGCAGUUCCUGCUGCUCGAGCUCCCCCCGCAGCAGCAGCAGCAGCAGCAGCAGCAGCAGCAGCAGGACAGUGGGGGUGAGGGGAGGGUUGUGGGGGAGGAGGCGGGCGGCAGCGCGAGCGCGAGGGUGUACGUGGUGGUGCUGCCGCUGCUGGACGGGUCCUUCCGUGCGGCGCUGCAAGGCUCGCCCUCCGACCAUCUUGAAGUGUGCCUCGAGAGCGGCGACCCCCAGGUGUGCACGGAUGAGUCACUGCACGCUGUGUACAUGCACAGCGGCACCAACCCCUACUCCAUUAUCGCCGAUGCUGUCAAGGCGGUGGAGCAGCACACGGGGUCGUUCCUGAGGCGGGAGGAGAAGCAGCUGCCAGGGCUGCUGGACUGCUUCGGGUGGUGCACGUGGGACGCCUUCUACACCAAGGUGGACGCUCACGGCGUCAAGCAGGGGCUUGCUAGGUGGACUGGACAGGACACACAGGGCGUGAAAGAGGGGCUGGCAGGAAAGUCAGUUGGUGAGGCAGGGGAGGCUCGCAAGGUGCGUGCAGGCAAGCAGGGGCCGCAGGCAACGAAUUUCUGCUCCACCCGUCCCCCCUCUCCCACUCCAACCUUCCCCCCUCUCCCACUCCAACGGUCCAACCUUCCCCCCGUUCCCACUCCUCCACCCAUCCCCCCUCUCCUACUCCAAUCUUCCCCCCGUUCCCACUCCUCCACCCAUCCCCCCUCUCCCACUCCACCCACCCCCCCUCUCCCACUCCACCCAUCUCCCCCCCCUCACCCCACCCCUCCUGCCUCUCCCACUCCACCCAUCCCCUCUCUCCCACUCCACCUAUCUCCCAUCCCCUUCACCAUGCAUCUGGCAGAAGGCAACACGCCGGCCAAGUUCCUAAUCAUCGAUGACGGAUGGCAAUCAGUGGCGGCUGACUCACAUGAGGACUCCAGUGCCACCAUCACUGUCGGCACACAGUAUGCAAGUCGCCUCACAGACCUCAAGGCCAACUACAAGUUCAAGCAGCAGCAGCAGCAGCAGCAGCAGCAGCAGCAGCAGCAGCAGCAGCAGCAGGGGGAGGGGGAGGAAAAGGAGGGUGAAGGGCGGGUGGAGAAGGGGCAGGGAGAUGAGGGGCCGAGUGAGCUGGGCGAGGCAGCGGGCAUGGUGCACGGGCUGGGGCAGGUGGUGCGCGAGGUGAAGGCUGCUCACGACCUCAAGUACGUGUACGUGUGGCACGCACUGAUGGGCUACUGGGGAGGAGUCCGCCCGCACGCCAGCACCAUGCAGCAGUUCGACCCAGCCCUGGUCUUCCCAGUGCCUUCCCCCUCCAUCCUGCUCAACCAGCCCGACAUGGCCCACGACUCCCUCACCCUCAACGGGCUGGGCGUGGUCAGCCCCGCCAAGGUGUUCCAUUUCUACGACGCACUGCACGGGUAUCUGGCCGCGUGCGGGGUGGACGGGGUGAAGGUGGACGUGCAGAAUAUUCUAGAGACGCUGGGCGCGGGGUAUGGGGGACGGGUGGCGUUGGCGAGGGGGUAUCAUGAGGCGCUGGAGAGGAGCGUGGCGAAAAACUUUGAGGAGAAUGGGGUGAUCGCGUGCAUGAGUCAUAAUACCGACGGGCUGUACUCGGCGAAGCAGACAGCAGUGGUGCGGGCGUCCGAUGACUUCUGGCCCACCGACCCCGCCUCGCACACCGUGCACAUCGUCUCUGUGGCGUACAACAGCCUGUUCCUGGGCGAGUUCAUGCAGCCCGACUGGGACAUGUUCCACUCGCUGCAUCCAGCAGCGGAGUUCCACGCAGCAGCACGCGCCGUGGGGGGAUGCGCCGUUUAUGUCAG